AUUGAGCUCGACGCAGUUGGAGUGAAGGUGAAGAUGAAGCUGCAGAUCUUCCUCGUGCUGAUGGUGGUGAUCUCCAUCAAUGGGAAACCGGUGAGGAACAGAGAGGAGAAGAAGACCAAGCUGCUUCUCAUGUCCUUCGAUGGGUUCAGGUGGGACUACGAUCAGGACGUGGACACUCCCCACAUGGACCAGAUGGCCUUGGACGGGGUCAAGGCCAAAUAUCUGACCCCCCCCAUGCUGACCAUGACGGCACCGUCCCACUUCACCACCAUUACAGGUAGGUGGGUAGAAGACCAUGAAGUUGUCCACAAUCUGAUGUUCAACACCACAACGAACCUGAAAGUUCCCUACACACAGACGCUAACCAAAUCCAAAUGGUGGGACAACGGAGUGCUGCCAUUAUGGAUCACGGCUCAGAACCAGGGUUUGAAAACUGCUUCGUUUUUCUUCCCUGGAGGCGGCAUCACAUACAGGGGUCAAAAGGUCAACAGGGUUCGGAUGGAAGCGCCUGGCCACCCUAAAGACAAUUUCACAGAGUGGCUUCAGAACAUCGACACGGUGAUGAGCUGGUUCGCCGAGGAGGAUUUUGACCUGGUGACCUUGUACUGCGGUGAACCGGACAACGUGGGCCACAUCAAGGGGCCGGAUCACCCAGACAGGAAGCUCAUCAUCCAGCAGAUCGACCGCACCAUCGGCUACCUGCGACAGGCCAUUAACCACCACAAUCUGACAGACACGCUGGACGUCAUCAUAACCUCGGACCACGGCAUGACCACCGUGAAGAAGCGACCGCUGGUGGACGAGAUCAUCCUCAAUAAGUACCUGAAUCUACUUGAGCUUGCCAGCUUCGAGAUCCUCGAUUAUGGCGGGUUUGGCAUCUUGACACCGCGGCCUGGAAAGGACCAGGAGGUUUUUGAUGCUCUGUCCAACGCGCCAAAUCUGACAGUCUACAAGAAACACGAGAUCCCUGAGAGCUUCCAUCUGGGAAGAAGUGAGCGUCUGCCUCCCAUCGUGGUCGUAGCAGAUCUGGGUUUCAACCUGAACUCGAGACUCAUCGUCUACAUUAACAAAGGUGAUCACGGCUUCCAUAAUGGAGAGAUGGACAUGAAGACCAUCUUCAGAGCCUUGGGACCGAGCUUUAAGAAGAACUUUGUGUCCGAGCCGUUUGACAGCAUCCACAUCUACCCUCUGCUCUGCAAACUGCUGAAGAUCGAACCGGCGCCACACAACGGCUCGCUGGAGGUAACCGAGGCCAUGCUGUGGUCCGGAGGAGAAUCUUGGAGAGCUCGGCUGUCUGUCGUCCUGCUGCUGUCCAUGCUGCUCUCCACCAGGCUGUAACCGAUCCAGGAUCCAGACCCGAAUUAUUCCUUUUAACAGUUUACCUCCACAUCCAGCUGGAGAAUUACUGAAAAUAUUUCAAUGGAUUCAUUUCCAAGAUCCAAGUUCUGGUACCAGGCUGCAGCAGGAUCUUCUUCGUCUGUUGUGUCGACUUCAUGCUUCUGAAUAAAGUUUGUUUUCGCCACUUU